CUCCACAGUCUCUCAGAUCUGGUCGUCAAGGUCGUCAGUGGUCUCUCUCUCUCUCUCUCUCUCUCCUUCAUACUAUUGAUUUCAUUCAAAAUCUCAUUCCUCUCUCUAUAUUCGCGUACGUGUAUCUAUUUCUCUCAGUCUUACUGAUUUAGCUCAUCACAAAUCAACAAUACUCAUCAAGAGAUCAUCAGCUGAUUACAAAUCGACAUUUAAGUUCACUGGUUGGCUACUGUAUCUCUUAGCACCAUAGAUUACUUGUCUACGAUUAUAUUCCGAACGACACUCUCCACUGCCGUCUCCAAGGAAAUGUAAGAGUACUGUUUUACUUCCUGCAGUUUUUGAGAGGUUGAGAAGGGUCCAAGCUAGAACUUAGAAAAAGGAGUUGGAUUGUCAACCCAUAAUCUAUUUUUUCGGAGUUGAAGGGGGCAAAUUUUGAAGGAGAAAGAAGCUGCCAAGCUUGGAUUGCCACUGCCGUGAACCGGUGCAGCAACAGCUUGGUUGGUGAUCUCGUUGAGGUUAUUCAUUUCCUUAAGAGUACAUAUAAUUCAUCAUACAUGGGGUGAGUAGCUGCAGAUAUGGAUCUCUGGGAAGAAAGCUCCAGAUUUGGCUCAUUACCAACCUUAACGUCACGAAACCCCUCAACUUCAUCAUCAGCAUUCUUUUCGGCGAAUCAGUCACCUUUCUUCUCCCCUAGGUCACCAAAAAGCCAGUCAUCAGUACAGUUUGGGACUCAUGCUACUGAUAUCCCAGAUGCUAAUUUGGGGAUCGAGCAAGAAUAUUUGGAAAAUGCUCGACUGUCUGAUCCUUAUUCUGUUACUGCAGCUUGUACCUCUAAUAUUCCCCAAAAGUUGGAUUUUGUUUUGUCUUCAACAUCCAUCUCCAACAGCACAGUGUCAACUUACAACAUUGACUAUGAGAAUGAAUAUAUGAGGCAUAGAGGAAAACAGAGGAUAGGCAGAGCACAUGAAACUUCAGUCACAUCAACAUCUUCUCUCUCAAAUAGAGUGAGAAGUUGUGACGUGUAUAUUGGUUUCCAUGGCCGGAAACCUUUAUUGUUAAGAUUUACAAAUUGGCUUCGUGCUGAAUUAGAAAUUCAAGGGUUGAGUUGCUUUGUAACAGACAGAGCCAGGUGUAGGAGUUCUAGGAAGCAUAGCAUGAUUGAGAGAGUAAUGGAUGCUUCUACAUUUGGAGUUGUCAUCUUAACUCGGAAAUCAUUCAGAAACCCAUAUACCAUUGAAGAACUUCAGUUUUUUUCAAGCAAGAAAAUUUUGGUUCCAGUUUACUUUGAUUUGCGUCCAGAUGAAUGUCUUGUUAGAGAUAUAAUUGAAAGAAGAGGGGAACUUUGGGAAAAGCAUGGUGGAGAGCUUUGGCUUCUCUAUGGCGGAUUGGAGAAGGAAUGGAGAGAUGCUGUGAAUGCGCUUUCACGUGUUGAUGAGUGGAAACUUGAGGCUCAUGAUGGCAGGUGGAGAGAAUGCAUUCUAAGGGCUGUUACACUUUUGGCACUAAGGUUAGGGAGGAGAAGUGUUGUGGAUAGGCUGACAAAGUGGAGGGAGAAAGCAGAAAAGGAGGAGUUCCCUUUCCCUCGAAAUGAAAAUUUUGUUGGCAGAAAGAAGGAAUUAUCUGAAUUGGAAUUUAGGCUUUUUGGUGAUGCUAGUGGUGAUAUAGAGACACGUUUUUUUGAACUAAAGGCCAGGCCAAGACAUAGGAAUCUGACAGUUGGUAGGAGUAAGAGUAAGUCAGUUGAUGAAAAACAAAGAGGUCGAGCUGGUGAUCGUAGCAGGAAAAUGGGAAAGGAACCUAUGGUAUGGAAAGAAUCUGAGAAAGAGAUUGAAAUGCAUAAUAUGGAGUUUUCUCAAGUGCAACAGCAUACACCAAAACCAAAGAGUAAUCGAAAGCAUGGACGACGAAAGAGAUCCAUGAAAGUUGUCUAUGGUAAGGGAAUUGCUUGUGUGUCGGGGGAGACUGGAAUUGGCAAAACAGAGCUGCUUCUUGAGUUUGCUAACCAAUUCCAUCAGCGUUACAAAAUGGUUCUUUGGAUUGGAGGUGAAAGCAAAUAUAUUAGGCAGAACUAUUUGAAUUUGUGGCCAUUUUUAGAAGUUGAUGUAGGAGUAGAGAGCUCUCCAGAGAAAAGUCGGAUAAAGAGCUUUGAGGAGCAAGAAGAGGCCGCUAUUGCUAGAGUUCGCAAGGAACUCAUGCGCAAUAUACCAUUUUUGGUGAUAAUUGAUAAUUUGGAGAGUGAGAAGGAUUGGUGGGAUCGUAAGCUUGUGAUGGAUCUUCUUCCCCGUUUUGGUGGAGAAACACAUGUUAUUAUAUCAACACGUCUUCCUCAUGUGAUGAAUCUUGAGCCUAUUAAGCUUGAUUACCUAUCCGAGAUUGAGGCAAUGUCUUUAAUGCAGGGUGGUGUUAAGGAUUAUCCAAUCACAGAAAUUGAUGCUCUCCGCACUAUUGAAGAAAAACUUAAGAGAUUAACCCUAGGUCUUGCUAUGGUUGGAGCAAUUCUCUCUGAACUUCCUAUAAAUCCUAGCAGACUGUUGGAUACCAUCAAUCGCAUGCCCUCGGGGGACAUUAUUUCCAGUGACAGGGAAAACCAUCCAUUAAGGCGAAACAUCUUUCUUUUGAAACUUAUUGAGGUUUGUUUUUCUAUAUUUGACCAUGCUGAUGGACCGAGAAGUUUGGCUACAAGAAUGGUUUUGGCAAGUGGUUGGUUUGCUCCAUCACCAGUCCCAUUAUCUCUUUUAGCUAUGGCUGCUCAUAAAAUACCUAAGAAGCACCCGCGUCGAAGGAUGUGGAGAAAAAUUCUCCGUUCCUUAACCUGUGGUCUCACAUCAACAUAUGCUAGGAAAUCUGAAGUAGAAGCAUCUUCUCUAUUGUUGAGAUUUAAUGUUGCUAGACCUUGUACUAAGGAAGGGCACAUCCAUUUCCACCAGUUGGUAAGGCACUAUGCUCAAAAGAGAGAAGUCGAUGGAGUCGCUCAAGCCACGGUACAAGUUGUCAUUAGCCGUGGAUCUAUAUCCCACCACUUUGAACACAUAUGGGCAGCAUGCUUUCGACUCUUUGGAUAUGGAAGCGAGGCUAUGGUCGAUGAUCUUGAGGUGUCGGAACUGUUGUUUCUCGUCAAAGAAGUGGUUAUGCCUCUCGCCAUCAGGACAUUCAUUACGUUCUCGCGGUGCAGUCCGGCCCUAGAACUCCUUCGACGGUGCACAGACGCAUUGGAAGCAGCCGAUCAAGCGUUUGUGACGCCGGUUGAGAAGUGGUUGGAUAAGUCGCUUUGUUGGAGGCCGAUCCAAACGAAUGCGCAGUUGAAUCCCUGCCUCUGGCAAGAGCUUGCUUUGUCAAGAGCAACUGUGCUGGAAAUAAGGGCAAAGCUAAUGAUGAGAGGGGGAGAAUUUGACAUAGGUGAUGAUUUAAUUAGAAAGGCAAUUUUCAUAAGGACUUCAAUCUGUGGUGAGGACCAUCCAGACACUAUUUCUGCACGAGAAACACUUAGUAAACUUACAAGACUCCUUGCUAAUGUUCAAAAUCACACUUCUCUAUAGAAUUUAAUUUGAUGUAGCAUUGUUUAAAUUUUAUUUAUAGCACAUUCUUAGAAUAACAACUUUUAUAUAGUUCAAAAGCUUAUAGAAAUUUAUUUUACUGAGGAGGAUCCCUUCCUAUUAUCUCA